CAUUGUCUGAUUGUCAUCGUUACGUUAUUCGUCAUCUACCUAACCUACCUACAUCGCUUCGCUAUGUAAAUAUGUUGUCAAAUUGGCAAGAUAAACUACUAACAUUUAUACAUCCCUAAAAAGUAAGCUUUUAGUAAUCAUUGAAUUUAGUAAUUUUAUUUUUGAUUUGAGAGUUGUCAUCAAGUUUGUUUCCAUAGAACAAGUGGAUCGCCAGUUUUCUGAGAUACCUACCCUUCUUGAAACGUUUUUAAUACUGCAGUCUUAUUGGAAUCAAAGCCUGGAAAAAUCGUCAGGCCUAGGCCUACUUUUCAGCUCUAACCUACGGACUUAGAGGUAAUCAUUUUUAAUUUGGGUUUCUGGUAAUCUCGCACAAUGUUUUCUUUCAACAUUUUUGGGGACAUUCCAAGAACAUUUAACAAACAAUACCAAUGUUUUUCUGUGGCUAUGUUGCCAGGAAAUGAAAGAGAAGAUGUUGAGAAGGGUGGCAAAAUCAUAAUGCCUCCCUCAGCUCUUGAUCACUUGACACAGUUGAAUAUAACAUAUCCUAUGUUGUUCAAACUGACAAAUAAAAAGAUAAACAGAGUGUCUCACUGUGGUGUUUUGGAAUUUGUUGCUGAUGAGGGUAAUGUGUAUUUGCCUCGAUGGAUGAUGCACAAUCUUUUGCUGGAAGAAGGUGAUAUAAUUCAAAUUGAGAAUGUUCUGCUACCUGUUGCUACUUUUGCCAAGUUUCAGCCUCAGUCACCUGAUUUUCUUGACAUAACUAACCCAAAAGCAGUCCUUGAAAAUUCUCUAAGGAACUAUGCAUGUCUCACUACAGGUGAUGUAGUGGCGAUAAUUUAUAAUAAAAAGACAUAUGAAGUGUGUGUGUUGGAAACUAAACCAGGAAAUGCUGUAUGCAUCAUUGAAUGUGACAUGAACGUAGAGUUUUCAGCUCCAGUUGGCUAUGAAGAACCGAAAAAACCUGAAAAGGUACCAGACUACGAAAUGGAUCACGAUAGUCUCAUGCCAGAACCUAAGGGCUUUACACCUUUCACUGGCGAAGGUAAUAUUCUUGACCAAAAAAAGAAAAAGAAGAUAAGUCAAGAAUCUUCCAGCAGUAAAUCACAGAAUGUAUCUAAAGUCCCAUAUCAACGAGGUAUUCCAGACUACAACUAUACUGUUGGAACGCUAACCUUCAUAAGAAACAACAGACCGUUGCCUGAAAAAGAAAAUAAAGAGCCCUUAAACGAUUUCAAGCCAUUUUCAGGGUCUGGCCAAUCUCUUCGCCAGGCAAAAGCCCAUUAAAGUGUUAGCCGUUCAAACAAACGUUCUAUUGCUAUUAAAACACAGUGUUUUUUUAAAAGGUUUUAUUUCGUAAAAAUUUAUAUAAAGACAAAAAAGUCAGGUUUCAAUCAUUUUUUUUAAUUUUAAAUUUAUCACUUUGGAACUGGUACAACUAUUUUGUUGUCUUGUUUAAUACCUUUGUAUGAAAUUGUUGAUUCUUUUAAAACAUAAAGCGUGUACCUACUGUAGUGAGCAAUCAAAAGAAAUCUUGUAUCCGACCCAUGAAUAAUAGCUUGAAUCUGUUUAUUUCAAUAAUAAAGUUUGUGAUAAAUUUAUUUGUAAUUCAAUAAAAUUAUCAUCAACA